AUGACAACACUGGAGGCCAAGGCUGAAGAGGAGAAGGCGGCCGCAGCCCCGGGCUCCAGCCCCUCCAGCAGGUCGGCUUCCCCGGAGCAGGAGGGUUUCUUCGAUCUGCUGAGCCACGUGCAGGGCGGCCGCAUGGAUGAGCAACGCUGCCACCUGCCCGGCACCCACGCCUCAGCUGGUCCCAGCCCUGAGACCCGGGAGAGCCCGAGCCCCCCACCCGAGAUGGACUCCUUCCUGGAACUGGUGGCCAGCAGCCAGGGCCGGCGCAUGGACGACCAGCGCGUCAGCUUUGCCCACCUGCCUGGCUUCCAGCCCGCCGAGCGUGGGCCCCCCACCCCGCCCAAGGAGGGCGAGGCCCCCGCCCACCCCAACACCAUGGCCCUCCUGGACCCUCCCAUCACACCCUCCGAAGACUACUUCACCCUCAUCCACCAGCACCAGUUGCAGACCACUGGUGCCUGGCUCCGCAGCCCCCCUCACCUGCCUUAG